AUGCUGAAUUUAGAUGGCAGGAGCAUGAAAGGAUUCUCCUGGGCCAUGGCCCCUGCCUUGACCUCCCUGGGCUACCUGCUCAUACUACUGGUCUCCAUCUUUCCCUUUUGGGUGCGGCUUAGAAAUGAAGAGUCCUACGAAGAGUAUUUCAGUGGACUGUUUGAGAACUGUUUCCAUAUCAAAUGCUGGAAGCCUCGACCUUUAUCCAUUUACAUCCUGCUUGGUCGGAUUUUCCUGCUCUCUGCAGUCGUCUUGUCUUUCCUCACAACCUUCAUCAUGGUGUCCUUUGCAUCUCAGCUCUUUCCAAGGAUCCGGAAGCACAAUUUUGUGUCAGCCUCUGUCAGCUUCCUCACAGGGGCCUGUGCUUUCCUGGCCCUGUUGCUGCAUGCCCUGGAGAUCCGGAAGCUGAGGAUGCAGCCCAGCCCCCCACAGUUCACUGUGCAGUGGCCUUACUACAUCCUGGGCUUUGCCAUCUUUCUGUUCAUCGUGGCUGCGUCUGCGGCUCACUUCCGGUCCUCGGAGGGUACUGACGCUGUGGAAGCGCGGCUGAGUGCUGGGUCAGGGUUGCGGCGACGGACAGGGGCGGAGGUAGAGCAGGCGACCGGGAAGGGGUGUGACGCCGUUGCGGGCUGCCCAGCGCCGGGCCGGGGAAAGAGCACGUCUCUGUGCUCAGCCCCGCCUGCGCGCGGCUGGUUUCCCCGGAGCUGUAGCCGGCGGCACAGAGGCCCUGUUGGGCCGGGCAACGAGGCACUGCUCGUAGAGUAA